UCGCAAAAGAUCUUACGAAUCCCACACCUUCAUCCACCCUCUUCCACCUCUCCCCGCAUUUACCUCUCGUCCCCCAAUUCCCAGUUCCUUCACCCGCUCUCUAGGGUUUUGAAUUCAGCAGAUAUGAAACUACCAAAUUGCGCAGCAAUUUCUUGACUUGCUUCAACCAUAGUUAUCCUGUUCAUCCGACCACUUCCCGAGCUUUCGGGUUUUCAACAGGUUUUUGAUGGGAAGAGAGAUGGGAAGCAAUAAUAUGGCCCAUCCUUACGCUUCCCUUUUCUCCGAUGAUGCAGUUUGCGGACCUAUGCUUUCAUCAGCUCAAGGAUAUUCACCAGAUUUUCAUUUCCCUUCUAUUCCACCUCAAGGGAUGCCUUCGUUUGAUCCUUCAUUUAUUUCUCACCCAUCCGAUGAUGUUCUUCUGCCUUCAAUGCAUUCUCCAUGUUUAGGGACACGUCAACCUUCAAUAAGUUUUCCUAAAGAAAACAGCGAAAGUUGGUGCCCAGAUUCUAGUCAAUACAUUCAUUCUGGAGAUGCUCAAAUCCAAAGCAUCUGCAAUAUGACCUCAGAUGUCCCUCUUAGUCAUGAAGAAUGGCCAGAGUUCUCGGAAAUUGAUGAUGAUUUGCAAGCGCUUCUUAAUAUCACAGACACCACUGAACUUCAGCCUAAGGCUUUAUGUGUAGCAGACAACUCCCAGAAAGUUCCAGUCCAGAAUAAGCAAGUACAGCAAGCCAUUCCUUCUAAUUCCGGGCAGCUUACUGUUGUCAGUAAUCCUUCAUCUUCUUGUACUGCUGGUGCAACCAAGAGCCGCAUGAGAUGGACUCCAGAACUCCAUGAUUCUUUUGUUGAAGCUGUUAAUCAACUUGGUGGUAGUGAAAAAGCUACUCCUAAAGGUGUGCUGAAGCUCAUGAAAGUUGAAGGUUUAACCAUAUACCAUGUGAAAAGCCAUCUGCAGAAAUACAGAACAGUUCGGUACAGACCAGAAUCUACUCAAGAUAAAUCAGAGGAUGAGACUACUUCUGCUGAGAGAAUUCCAUCUGUAAGCCUAAAAAAGGAUUUUGGGCUUUCUGAAGCAUUGCGUAUGCAGAUGGAAGUGCAGAAGCAACUUCAUGAGCAACUUGAGAUACAGAGGAAUUUACAGUUGAAGCUUGAAGAACAAGGGAGGUAUCUUCAAAAGAUGCUAGAACAGCAGUGCAAAGCUGAUGGAGAAACACCAAAGACAUCUUCAACAUUGAACGCUGUUCACACCGCGACUUCAAAUGUGAUUUCUUCUGAAAAAGAUGAUUCUGAGCCAAGGAAUGUGUCCAUAUCUUUAGAAUCAAGAGAAAGCUCUCAACGAGUGGGAGACAAGCAGAAUUUGCUCAAGAUAGAAUCUCAUGCGGAUCAAGAAUUUGACCCUUUUGAUGGGUCUCAAUCUCCUCCCAAAAAGAGAGCCAAAGGUGAUAUGAGCAUUUGAUCCUUCACAGUGGCAUUUAUUUCGAGCAAGCUGCUGAUAGUAGUAGGCAGGUUAUUGUGCGGCGUGAUCAAGUAUUCUCGCAUCAAGUUGAUCAUUGUGCCCAGCGAAAAGACUAUGAAUUGCAGAAGAUUGAUACUUCAUGACUGCUUUUAUAAAACUUUUAUGCGUAUAUACUGGUGGUGGGAUAAAUUAUUCCACCCAAUUUAGUAGUACGAAAAUUCGAUGAAAUUUAUGACUUAGACUUGUUUUUUUGACAGUCGGUGGCAAUUGGAGAAACCCGUAUAUGUACAAACUUGAUGUGCCAACUCUUUUGUACUUGGAAGGUAUCUGUUGAUGCUAUCAUGAAUUUUGGUUAAAAUAAACAAAGAGAAUUUGCUGAUUCAA